AAUACAAAUGGGUUCAAAGAAGCCAAGCAAUGCUAAGCUUCUAUCUUUGUUUCUUCUACUUCUUUGUCUCUUCCCUGAAAUUGGAGGGAUUCAGACCACUCACCGGAGAGCUGAGGAACUUGUGAGAGGGAGAAUUACAACCCCUCCUUCAGUAACAUGUGGAGGCCAAAGACUUGGAGGACCACGACCGCGUUUACCUCCAUGCCCACGACCACGACCACGACCACGGCCUCGUUCGCGCUCUUCAAGAAGAUCUACUACCAACCCUUGACGGAGAAGAAAAAUAAGAAUAUCAAUAUUCUGUUUAUGUGCUGCCACUUUAAUUUCUACUUUUUAAGAUACGAUCACGAAUAAAUUGUUGAUCCUCAUAUACACAAUAUAUAAUAGUCGUAUGAAAAAA